AUGGCUGAGGUUGCUGCAAGCACUUGCCUGGAAUUGUACGAGAUCAAUUAUCUCUUAUCAUCGCCACUGCAUGUUGCACUUGGUACACAACAGCUUGCAAUAAUCUCUGAGAUUGUGCAAGCACCUAGUAAUGGCUCUACCAUCACAAUACUCUUGCUCACUAGUAUGCCACUACCAAAAGAGUAUCAGGUUGUGUGCAAGGGCCACCUUCAGACAGUCUCCAAAACUCGGUACUACUGUUUAAAAGCUCAGGACAGUGAUGCAAACAUGUGGACUCCAGAACUUCAAGCACUCUUAGUCUCGCAAGCACAAGCAAAUGCUCCAAUUGCUUCAUCAAGUGCCUCUGGAGAGCACACAAGAGAGCACACAUGCUCUGAUCAAAGUAGUGAUGUGGAUAUGGGUGUUGGUAAGAAUGCUACAGAAGACAAGGUUUACAAUGAUGGCGACAUUCAUUAUGCAAAUGAUCUCCCAGACCCUUCUGUUUGUGGUGAGGGCCAUUCCCCACCUCCAUUAGACCAUCCUGUCCAUGGUGUGAGCCAUUCCCCACCUCUGCCAGACCCUCCUGUUUGUGACAAGGGCCAUUCUCCACCUCCACCAGACUCUCCUGCUGGUGACAAGGACCAGCAUACCAUACAAGAUGUCAAUUUAGAUGACAUCCAAUGUCUUGCCAGUGUUGGUGGGUACAAAGAUAUAUUGCAAACUAUCUCAUUUAUUUAG